UUGAGACACAGCUGUGUUUGGCAUCAGUUCAAAGCAGCAACAGCACAUAUUCGCACAGGACACUUGCUUAAGCUUCUUCAGGGGCCUUUAACAAAGCACAACAACAUGGAAUCUGAGCAGCACAACAGUACUGAUGAUGGCCCAGUAACACCUCAGCCCAUGUCAACCAGCCAAAAUCCCAAAUAUCAACUGUUUCUUAAUAAUGAUCUGAAGACCAAUGGCACAGGCUCCAGAGAGCAGGACAUUAACAGUGGUGGAAUAGCAGGGGGUGAGAAUGGACCCAGACCCCGCUGGGAAAGCACCAGGUUGGGACCUACUAACUACAGAGGGUCCCUGGAAUCACUUACGUCACGGGACUGGGACACCCCGUCAGACCGAGGGGGUAUUAGUGAUGGUUCAUUGCGAGUCUUCAACAGUCCCUACUCCACUACUGCCUCCAUGGACUAUAAUCCUACAUUUCGGAUGUCUGAAUAUAAGGUAGCAGGUGGUUUGUCUCCAGCUACCUCUGAGCUGAACUUGUACAACUACAAUGGGCGCAGCAUUAGUCCAGUACCCUCUGUCACUGUGGGUGCUGGACGGACACGCUUCUCCACUUACGAGACACUAAGACGCAAACCUGAGAUCGUUCCUCCCGUGCUCCCUACAACGCACUAUUCAGUGCGUUCCUCAACUCUGGGCAAUCCAAACAAGAAAGAUUACAUUGAGGAGUUGACUAAAGAACUAGAUGCCUGUCAAAAGAGGAACCAGUUUUUGGAGGCAGAGAGUGUGGAGAUGGAGAAGGAGAGAAACCAGAUAAGGUUUGAAAUGCGGGGCUUGCUGGUGAAUAACGAAGACCUUCUGAGAACCAAUACUCAACUGACCAAUGAGAUCAAGAGAACAAGAGAACAAAUGCUGGAAAUGGAAAAAGAGAAUCAGGCUAUGGCUGAGCGCUGUCGGGAGAUGGAGACUGAGGUGAAACAAGCCCGGGAGAUAAUGGUAGAGGCCAACAACCAAGAAUAUGCGUUUAAUUUUCUCCAACAGUCAUUGAAAAACCAGAUUCAAGAUGCAGAGGAGAGCUUGGAGAAGCAGACACAGCAUGCUCAGACUUUAGCAGAGAAGUUGUGGCAUGCAGAAAGACAACUGGAGGAGUUUGAACUCGACAGAGACUCCAAGGAAAAGAAGACAUCAGAACUUAACAGCACUGUGCUUCGACUAGAGGAUGAGCUGGCAGAGGCUCUGCAGAUGGCAUCCCAGGCUACUGCAGAGAGGAACCUUCAGGUGAAGCUAAGAGAAGACAACCAGCAACAUGUGGAUGAGCUGGAAGAGAGCGUUCUGGCCAAGGAUCAGGAGAUUGACAAACUACAGAUACUGGUCUCUAAGUUACAGGCAGAGGUGUCUGGAAAAUUAGUGGAUAAGGAGCGCUCUUUAGAGGAGGAGAUACAGCUGAGAGAGAGGCUGCAGUUGCAAUGCAAACAGACAGAGCGCAGCCUUGAGGACCUGCGCAUGGAAUUACAUACAAGCAAUCAAACCCGUGAUGACCUCAGUAAGCAGCUCAAAGUAGCACAGGAGAAGAUAAUUGAUCUUGAAACUGAUCUGGAGGAACUGCAUGACAGUGAGCAGCGAUGGGCCUCCAAGCACAAGAGAGCCAUUGAACAGGUGGAACAACUUCAACUCAAGUUUAUUCAGCAAAAAGAUCUUAGUGAACAACUGGAAAUGGACAAGGAGUCACUGGUGAGACAGCUGCGGGAGCUGCGCCUGGAAGUGGAUGAGCUUCAGAGCUCCAGACUGCAGGAAGACGUCAUCUCCAGAACUGAGUCAAGAGUCAAGGACCUGGAGAAUAGCCUGAGAACAGAGGAGCGAAACAAAGCAGUCUUGACCAACACCAUCAGCAAACUAGAAAGAAAAAUCACAGAGCUGACAGAUCAGCUGGAAGAGGAACACCGCAUCUCUACUGAGCAGAAGGAGUUGAUGACACAGAGGAUGCGGACUUUGAAGAAACAGUUGAAUGAGGCUGAGGAGGAGGCCAGUCGAAAGGAAGCCCAGUGUCGCUUUGCUCAAAGAGAACUGGCAGAGGAGCGUGAGGCUCGAGAACGCCUACAGAGGCAACUUGUGGAUCAACAACUUCAGGCCAAGCGUAAGGAGGCUCUAACCAUGCGUCAAACACUGGACAACCUGAGAAUGGACCUAAGCAUUGAUGAUGAAGAGGAGGAAAACGAAUCUAAAACAGAAACUGUUACCAAAGUUUAGAAUGCGUGUAUUUUAAAAGAAUGCUGUGAAAAAUGUAUUUUACCCAUUAUGUCAGUAGACUGGGUUGUCUUCUUUAGUGAGUUUAGUUAAGACCAUUCGUCAAUUCAAGGACCAAAAGCCAUAUCCUAUUACGAGCCUUUAUUUGCAAGAGUUUAUCAUCUCACCUGAAACUCUACCUGAUCCCAUUGCAGACAUUUUUGGCAAACUGGGGACACUUGUAUUUGUGCUUGGGGGAGAGCAGGGGCUUUUUCAAAGGGAUUUCAAAUAAAACAUGGUGAUGUAAAUAA